AUGUUUUUGGCGUUCGAUGGUGUCACACCAAGGGCCAAAAUAAAUCAGCAACGUGCCACUCGGUUCCGAGUUUCAAAAAAAUUUGACGACGACAACGAGCUUGGAGAACAGCAGGAAUUGCUCGACACUAAUUGUAUUACACCCGGCACCACCUUCAUGGCCGAGCUGAUCGAGCACAUGAGACACUUUGUAGCCUACAAAAUCUCCACGGAUCCUAUGUGGCAAGGAUGCAAAAUUAUCCUCAGUGGCCCAGAGGUGCCAGGUGAAGGAGAGCAUAAAAUCAUGCAAUACAUUAGGUAUGAAAAAACUUUGAACACCUACGACUGCAAUACAAGACAUUGCGUGUACAGUAUUGAUGCGGACAUGAUCGUGCUAGGCCUGUGUUGUCGUAUCGUACACUUUUCUUUGAUCCAAGAAACCAUUCGGUUUGGCAAAAGAAAACUUCUCUUGACUCCAGAAGAAUCCGAAUUUCAUUUGUUGCACUUGUGCGUGUUGCGAGAGUAUUUGCAAAAAGAGUUCGGAUACUUAUUCGACGAUCGGGGUAUUGUGGGAUUCGAUUCAGAAAAAAUCAUCGACGACUGGGUGUUACUUGGGUUCUUGGUUGGCAACGAUUUUGUACCUCAGUUGCCGAAGUUGAAUAUAGUGGAUGGUGCUCUGCCUUUUUUGUACAAGAUCUACGUUGACGUCUUUCCUAAUCUGAAUGGGUAUAUCAAUGAAUCCGGAGUCCUGAAUCUGAAGCGAUUCGAGAUGUUCUUGAAGUACCUUUUUAGCUUUGAAAAGAAGCUUGAAUCCGAGAGCUCAGCUGAAACUCGAUUUUUAACUAACUCUAACGAUGACGGUGACAAGUUUGCGGACGUUCCAUUGAAAACUGCAAUAAAUUCGGAUAUUCAAACAAAUCUAAGAUUGCAAGAUUUGAAAUUGGAUGACUCAGAAUGUUCGACAAAGUCAGAAUAUUACAAAACCAAACUUAAAGUGACAAAUUUUGAAGAAUCAGAUGUAAAAGUAAUGGUAACCGAAUACGUAAGGGCCGUGCAGUGGACGUUGGCUUACUACUAUCAAGGAUGCAUUAGUUGGUCGUGGUAUUAUCCGUAUCAUUAUGCUCCACACAUAUCACUUGCUGGCGGUAUUACCACCUACAAGCAGACACUUGCUGCCAAAAGCAUACCAAACUCUCUUAAUAAGUGA